CAAACGCGUUGGCAUUUCGGUAAACGAAUCAGAACACUGGCAAAAGGGCAAAGGCAGAAGCGCAUCGGGGUCCACAGUUAGCGAGCAUAGCACAUAAUCGAACCGAACGAUGCACAAACCAAGGUCUGCUCAGCCAGCUGCCUUUUACUGGACGGUUCUGUUGAUGGUGUUUAGUCAGAAAAUAUGGUCAGUCAACAGCGUUGAGCUUACCUUUGAGCUACCUGACAACGCACGGGAAUGUUUCCACGAGGAAAUACAGAAACAACAGACAGCUACGCUCGAGUUCCAGGUGGUUAGCGGCGGUCGUUACGAUGUCGAUGUGACACUUGAAAGUCCCACCGGCGAAGAAAUUUAUCGGCAGAUAAAGACGCAGUUCGACUCGUAUCAGUUCACAGCCUCGGCGACUGGCAUCUACACGGCGUGCUUUAGCAAUGAGUUUUCGACGUUUUCCCAUAAGAUCGUGUACAUGGAUUUUCAAGUAGGCGAAGAACAACCAUUGCCCGGCAUCGAGGAGCACGCGACCGUCCUGACACAACUCGAAUCAUCCGCACAGGAAAUCCAUAAAGCUCUGAAUGCCAUCCUCGAUUACCAAACCCACCACCGAUUACGUGAAGCCCAAGGCCGAAAACGUGCGGAAGAUUUGAACGAACGUGUGCUCUGGUGGUCGCUCACUGAAACGGUCGCUAUUUUAGUGAUAGCUAUAGGACAAGUGCUCGUGCUGCGAAACUUCUUUUCCGAGAAAAAACCAAGUCAAAUGUCCUAUCAACUUAUGAAAUAAAGACCGAAUGUAUCUCCAA